AUGAAAUUAUUCAGUAACACAAUCUCGGCAAUAACAAGAAGAUGGCCGAGGUUACUAACACGAUGCUUUUGCGAGAAAUCUCCAGCAGUAUACGAUUGCUCGGUCGACCUGCAAGACCGCGGUACAUGUGCAGUACAGCCCAUGGACCCAGACAAAUGUUUUGCAGAGCCUCGGGUUGUCAUCAUAGGAGCCGGUAUGGCGGGGUUGGCCGCAGCUGCAAGGCUUUCACAACGAGGAAUUAAUAAUAUCGCGGUUCUUGAAGCUUACGAAAGACCUGGUGGACGAAUCCAUUCAUGCUGGCUUGGCGACAUAGUCGCAGAGCUCGGUUCUCAUUGGAAACCGGACAAUUGUCUCACUCAUCCUGUAUACAUGAUGUCAGCCACUGAGGAUCCGCCGCGCCCAGGAGUACCGGGGGCGGAGCAUACACGUGGACUGUUCAACAGAAUCGUUACAGGAAAAAUGCCUUUUCCUCCUACUGUAACGGCUUAUCAUAAAUUUCGCCAAAUUGAAGAGGAAGCCGCACAAAUAUACUGUCUAGGAGGAAACAAACAACAGGGAUCUUUAAUCAAUUUUAUGAGUCUCAGAAUCCAGCAGGAAUUACACGAUUACCCUGAAGAACAGCAACAUGAUGCUGCCAGAGUAAUGUUUGGGCUCGCUCACAUGUUGAGCGCUAGGUGUGGAGAUGACACUGCGAUGCUUUGUGCUGACCAUUGCGGUUGUUUUAUGAAUAUGCCAGGCGGAGAGGUAAGGGUCCCACUUGGAUUAGUCGGUAUACUGGCGCCCUUGUUACGACAAAUUCCAGAAGGCUCAAUUCGAUACUGCAAGCCUGUGGAUUGUAUUUAUUGGGGAACUAGCCACAAGUCAGGUUAUAGAGCAACAGUAACUGCGGUCGACGGAGAAGAGUUUCCCGCCGACUACGUCAUCAUUACAGUUUCUCUAGGUGUUUUGCGUGCUAACUCAGUAAAAUUAUUCUGUCCAGCGUUACCGGCUUCAAAAAUUGAUGCAAUGCGGUGCCUUGGAUAUGGUUAUUGUAACAAAAUAUACUUGGAAUAUGGCAGACCUUUCUGGUUUUGGCACAAAGGGAAUUUGGACUUUAAAUAUUGCCAAAACUGUUUAGGUCGUUGUGACUGGACAAGUGGAAUAACAGCCUUAGAAGCUGUUCCCAAUAGUAAACAUGUUAUGUGUGCUUGGGUUGUCGGUCAGGAAGCUUUGGCGAUGGAGGGUCUAUGUGAUAGGGAUAUAGCGGAAGGAAUUACUAGUUUGCUUCGAAGUUCAACCGGGAAUCAAAGCAUACCAUAUCCUUGUACGAUAUUAAGGUCACAUUGGACGUCGGAUCCAUACUUCUGUGGGGCGUACUCUUAUGAUUGUAACUGUUCAGAUGGUAGUGCUCAGCGUGCACUUGCAUGUCCUCUUCCUGGUCCGAGUGAACCAAUACCGCCUAUUCUUUUGUUUGCCGGAGAAGCUACUGUGCCUGGUCAUUUUGCUACUGUCUCGGGGGCGCGGCUCAGUGGUGUACGAGAAGCAGAAAGAGUUAUACAAUUAACUUUGAGAUUCAAAGGUCCACCGUUGCCCGCACUUGAGAGCGCUGGUGAUAAGAAAAAAAAGAAACGCAAAAAAGAAGAAAGCUAA